AUGGAUUUUACAAUACCAAUGACUAAAGAAGAUAAUACACCAACAUCUGAUUCUUCUUUAUUAAUUUCAAAUCCUUCAAAUAAAAAUAAUAAUGAUGAUAAUAAUCACGAAACCAAUGAUCAUCAACAGUACCAUCACCACCAUCAUCACCAUAAUAAUAAUAAUAAUAAAAAGAAACCACCAUUAGAAGAACCACUAUCAUCGACUAGGAUUGAAUCAACUAUUGAAUAUCCUCCAUCAACUAUUUUUGAUAAUAAUAGUAAUUUAAAUAGUAAUAUAAUUAAUAGCGCAUUUAGUAGUAGUACAGCAUCAACUGUUAGUGGCGGUAAAAGUGACCUAUCAGGUACAAUCGAUUCAACAUUAGAUAUUACUACUAAUAAUAAUAAUAAUAAAAGUAUUAAUAAUGAAGAAGAUGAUGAUGAAUCCACAUUACCAGAGCAACAACAACAACCACCACCACAACAAAAAAAAGAUUCACCAACUAAACAACAACAACAUCAUUUGGAUGACGCUAACAAUGUUCUUACAUUGAUUCCAAAUUUAAUAACACCAAAGAAAAUUGUAAAAAAUAUUUCAAAUAAAUUAAUUGAACCAAAUUUAUCAGAUGAAGAAAAUGAUAGUGAAAAUGAAAUUGAAAACAAAGAAAAAGAUCAAACAAAUGGUGAUAACGAUAAUGAUAAAACACUUGAUGACAUUCAAGUUGAAGUACCAGAGGAUUUGCUAAAAGAAAAACAACAACAUCCCCUCCAAAAAGAAACAAUAAAAAAAGAUCAAACAAAUGUUGAUAAUGACAAUGAUAAAACACUUGAUGACAUUAAAGUUGAAGAAACUGAGGAUUUGCUAAAAGAAAAACAACAACAACAACAACAACACGCCCACCAAAAAGAAACAAUAAAGAAAGAUCAAAAAGAUAAUAAUAAAGAAGAAGAAGAAAAAGAAGAGGAAUUUAUAAUACAAAAGAAAUCUGCUAGUGGCAAUUCGAAUUUCUAUUCAUAUCAUGAGUUAAACAAUAGUAAAAGAAAACAACCUGAUAAUACUAAUAAUGAAAUUAUUGAAAAUAAUGAAAAUGAUUCAGUAAUAGAUUCUGAUUUUAUUCAAUCAAAGAAAAUAAAACUCUCAACAACUGAUUCAACCGCCGCCACCAACACCAAUACCACCACCACUACCACUACCACCACUACAACCGCAACAAAAAUACCAAAAAUACCAAAACAAACUAAAAAGACUGGUGCAGGAUCAACUAAGAAAAUGUUAGGAGGCACUAAAAAAAUUGAAGAGGAAAUUAAAGGUCCAUUGGAUUUAGCUCAAAGACAAUCACAAGAUGAAAAUGAAAAUAUUUUACCACCAAAACCAACAAAUCGUAAAAUAUUAAUAAAUAAUAACAACGAUAAUGUAGACGAUAAUCAAACUGAAAAAUCAACGAAAAAAUUAAAAAAAUUAAUUGAACCAGAAUUCAAUGAUAGCGAAAAUGAAACAACAAAUAAUAAUAGUAAUAAUAAUAAUAAUAAUAAUAAUAAUAAUAAUAAUAAUAAUAAUGGUGAUAAUGAUAAUAAUGAUAAUAAUAUUGAUAGCGAUGAAAGUAGUGAAAUAGAAAAUGAAAAUGUUAAAAAGAUUCAAAAAAAAAAAUUAAAAGAUAGAAAAAAAGAAAAAGUUAUUCAACAAGCACCUGAAGAAAUUAUUGAACCAGAUCAUAAUACAAGUGUUGAAAUUGAAUAUAUAAGCGCAAAUGAAGAUGAUGGAAAAAAGACAAAACCAAAGAAAUCAAAAACAACAAAAUCAAAAACAAAAAAAUCAAAAACAAUCAAACCAAAAAUUAUUGAAAAUCAAGAUGAUGAUGAUGAUGAUGAUGAUGAAUCUACAGAUUUAGAACAAGAUGAUUCAAAACAUGUAAAUAAAAAUGAUAGUGAUUAUGAAGAAGAAGAGGAGGAAGAAAAAGUUAAAAUUAAAAAAAAUAAAAAUAAAAAUGAUAGUGAUUAUGAAGAAGAAGAGCGAGAAGAAGAAGAAGAAGAAGAAGAAAAAGUUAAAAUUAAAAAAAAUCAAAAAUCAAAAACCAAGAAAAAUAAAUUAAAAAAGAGUGAAUUAUUUAAAGGUUUCAAUUUUAUAGUUACAGGUAUUCAAGAAUCUGAUGAAAUUAGUGAAAUGAUAAGUAAUGGUGGUGGUAAAAUUCAUUCAUUGGCACAAUUCUUUUCAUUGGGUGGUAGUGCAAAAUUGAAAAGAUUUUGUAUUGCUGGUGAUAGUCCAACUACAACUAUCAAGUAUAUUAGAUCAGUUAUUGAGGGUGUACCAUGUUUGAAUUAUGAAUGGAUAGUUGAUUCAAUUAAACAGGCGGAAAUAUUGGAGACCGAUGAUUACCUAUUACCAAUUGGCUACUCUGUAUUAAGUAAUAAGCCAAUUGAAUUUAACCAACAAUUCAAUUGUUGUGGAAUUUUCAAUGAUUUUCGUAUUGAACUAUUCACAACCAAUAAAAAAUCAACAUUCAAAGACGAUUGGUCUGUAAUCUUAAAGAAAUGUGGUGCUAUCAUAGUUCAACGUAUGUUAAGUACAAGUUGUGGUAAAAUUGAUGCAAUCUUAAUCGAAGGUACUAUGGGCUCUUAUUUACUUCAACAAGUUUCCACAAAUUUAAAUAUUCCAAUUUUAUCAAUCUUUUGGGUAAUUCAAUCAAUACUUCAUCAAAGAAAAUUACCAUUUGAUGCUCAUCCAUCAUUUUUAGUUAAUUCAAAUUAA